AUGGCCGCCACUACAAAUAUCCACACCGAGGGUCUGGUUGUUGAUAAGCCGGGGGCUGACUUUGUCAUGCGGCCCGUCAUCCUCGACGAGGUCCGCGCCGACGAGGUCCUCGUGGAAAUGAAGUACUCGGGCAUCUGCCAUACGGAUGUCCUGUUCCAGAAUGCCAAGAUUCCCGGCCCCAAGUAUCCCGCCAUCUUUGGCCACGAGGGCGCCGGCAUCAUCAGAGCGCUUGGCAGCAACGUCAAGGAUAAGUCCCUGCAGGUCGGAGACCACGUGCUUUUGUCCUUUAAUGUCUGCGGCAAGUGCAAGCAGUGUCUUGCCGACAACCCGUCCUGCUGCCACAUCCACUCCCCGGUCAACGCGGGCUCGGUCCGCGUGUCGGACGGCUCCACGCCGGCCAGGCUCGCCGACGGAACCCCCGUGAGCAGCCAGUGUUUCGGCCAGUCCUCCUUUGCGCGCAUGUCCGUCGUCGCCGAGAGGUGCGUCGUCAAGUGCCCUUAUCCCGAGUCGCUCUCCUACUACGCGCCCCUGGGCUGCGGGUUCCAGACCGGCGCCGGCACCCUGCUCAACGUCCUGAAGCCAGACAAGACCAAGUCUGUCGUCAUCUUUGGCGUGGGGAGCGUUGGAAUUGCCGCCUUGAUGGCCGCCGCCUACCUCCAGGUCCGGCAACUCAUCGCCGUCGACGUGGUUGAUGAGAAGCUCGACUUUGCCAAGGAAUUCGGCGCCACGCAUGUCGUCAACCCGACUAAACACGCAGACGAGGGCGUGGAAGCCGCCAUCCGGCGCAUCACCGAUGGCGGUGCCGACUAUGCCAUUGAUUGCACCGGGCGCAUCCCCGUUAUUGAAUCGUUGUUUGGAUGUCUGGCUCCAAGGGGGACUGCAACCACUGUUGGGGUGCCGCCUCCAGAUAGCAUCGUCAGAAUUGAGCCCCAGACCUUUUUGAUGGAGAACAAGAGCUACAUUGGUGUGCUGGAAGGGGGUUCCCACCCCCAAAAGGUUGGUUUUGUGCACUACAAGUCUUGUGUGGAUUUUGCCUUCUAA